GGCCGAGCUGCGGACGCCAGGCCCCCCGAUCCCCGCCAGGCUGCGGACGCCAGGCCCCCCGAUCCCCGCCAGGCUGCAGGCGCCGGGCCCGGGCCGUCAGGGCAGCUGUGACCCUUGCGCUCAGCGGGUGGCGAGCUGGGGGUGCGCCCGGAUCCCCGCCCCCGGGAUCAUGGGGAAUGGCAUGACCAAGGUACUUCCUGGACUCUACCUCGGAAACUUCAUUGAUGCCAAAGACACGGAUCAGCUAGGCCGGAAUAAGAUCACACACAUCAUCUCCAUCCACGAGUCACCCCAGCCUCUGCUGCAGGACAUAACCUACCUUCGCAUCUCAGUGGCCGACGCCCCUGAGGUACCCAUCAAAAAGCACUUCAAAGAAUGUAUCAACUUCAUCCACUGUUGCCGCCUCAAUGGGGGAAACUGCCUUGUGCACUGCUUUGCAGGCAUCUCCCGAAGCACCACCAUCGUGACGGCAUAUGUGAUGACUGUGACAGGACUGAGCUGGCGGGACGUGCUUGAAGCCAUCAAGGCCACGCGGCCCAUCGCCAACCCCAACCCAGGCUUUAGGCAGCAGCUUGAAGAGUUUGGCUGGGGCAGUUCCCGGAAGCUUCGCCGGCAGCUGGAGGAGCGCUUCGGGGAGAGCCCUUUCCGCGACGAGGAGGAGGUGCGCGCGCUGCUGCCGCUGUGCAAGCGCUGCCGGCAGGGUCCUGCGAGCGCGGCCUCUUCCCCCGCGCCCAACUCCUCGGCCUCCGAGGGGACCUUGCAGCGCCUGGUGCCGCGGUCGCCCCGGGAAGCCCACCGGCCGCUGCCGCUGCUGGCGCGCGUCAAGCAGACUUUCUCUUGCCUCCCGCGGUGUUUGUCCCGCAAAGGCAGCAAGUGAGGAUCCUGCCUCGUCGUGGCGCCCCUCGGCCUCUCGACCGGUCCCCUUCGGGGAUUGUCUGCGCCUCCCACGGCCUUCAGGACGGGCCCAGAGCCUGUGGGAGCCCCGCGGCGGCCUGAUCCCCGCCCCUGCCCCUCUUCCCGCCUUGCUUGUCUGUGUCCGCAGUCAGCGUGUCCUCCAUCUGUGUGUGUGGCUCUGUGUCUGGGCCGGCCUGCUGCAGCUACCUGGUGCCUUAGUCCUUGGGCUGGGGGAGGGUGCCCCCGGCCCCCCCUCCCAUUAAAGGCGGUGGGAGUGGGAGUGGGUGGGUGGGGUGGUUGGAUGGGCCUGGAGGAUAUUAAA